AUGAAUAAUGUGAUGAAAACCGCAUUACUCAGGGGACCAGUUCUGUUCCCGUCUGUUCACCGUGAGAAGAAAAUUAACGAAACACGACGCAGUCGAAUUACGCAGGUCGAUUGUUUUUCGAAAAGCUCGUUUCAUAAUGAUUAUUAUCGCGGCGCAGUUUCCAACGUGUCGUGGUUACCUGUUUAUUAAUGUAUAGAUACAUUACGAUUCAUUCGCUGGUCGAACAACGAUCGUGCUAUUAUUACAAGGUCUAUGCAUCGUUUAAUUAUGACCGCGAUAAUUUUAAAUAAAUUACCGUUGUUCAUUUGUCAAUCCCCAGUUCCUCGUAAAUUUCAUCGAGCCCGAGACUGAAGCGGCGCGAACGCGCGGAAUUCGUUAAUUACGCGCGGGUCGUUUAAACGGCGCACCACAGCGUAUAUUCCAUCCGAAACCGAGCCGGUCUCCCGUGUUCUGUCUCGACGCCAACGAUUUCGCUAACUAGCGACGACGAUUUGAAUCACUUCGAGUCCGCGUUGCACGUUGUCGGUGACAAGUUCGAGUCGCUUCGAACGUGAUUCGAAAUUUAUAAUAAAACUCUUAAAGGUCUCGACUGCGUCUUGGAAGCAUUGAAAAUUUCAAAAGUCUCGAAAGCGUCUUGGAAGCGUUGAAAAUUUCAAAAGUCUCGAAAGCGUCUUGGAGCUGCGAUGAUCGAAAUUUCAGAAAGAAUUUUAAACACAGUAGCGCGUUUUCACUUAUUUAUUUAUCGAAAUUAAUUGAAUGAUAAUAUCUUUACACGCUUACGAUUAAUAUUCACGAGCAGAUGAGUAAAUAUCUCGAAGGAACUACUUGACCGAUAAUUAAGAUGAGAUCACAGUCGUAAAAGUCAAAACUAAGAAACGCAUCGUAUGUGACUUUCAUCGAGAAAUGAAGGAUUGUCCCGUGUCCCUGCCUUUUACACAAAUUCGAAGCGAUUCAAAAAAGUCUGUCUCAAAUGUCAAAUGUCCCGUUGCUGACUCUAAUCUUCGAUUUACGUCUCUGUUCAAGGGCAAGACGCCGGGAUCGUGCUGUCGCCCCUCAUCGGUGUGGUGGUCGGCACUUUGGUCACGCUGGUGCUGAUCAUUCUCGUGGUGGUGGUGCGCGUACGCCGCGAACGAGUGUCGAAGCCGCGACACGAGAAACCGGCGGAACUGAGCGAGCUACCGCCGCAGCAAUACCCGCUGCAGAAUCCUCAACAAACCGUGACCGAGACCGAUCCGGACGUUAUCCCGAAUAAAUUCGAGGGAAACCUGGUGGAAGUGAGCCCGCCGAGUUAUCCAGGUGGAUAUCCCCCGGGACAUUGGGUCACGCCCGGACCUACGCCAAGCAUAGACGAGCUCUGCCACAAAUUCACCGGAAGACCGACGGAGCUGAGGUUACCAUCGAGAAGCGCGAUACCGAGUUUACAGAGCAUGCCCAUGACGGGAGUGAUGAUGGGCGGCGGACAGAGCGUCGUGGUCAGCGGAAGUCAGGGCGGCGGUAUGGCGCUCGGUGGCAACAGCCAGGGUGUCGUCGUCGGUGCCGGGCAAGGCGUCGUCGUCGCUGGCGAGUGCUUGGACGGCGAGGCGAUCAAGAGACGACUGAUGGCCAACAGGCUUCCCGAGAGCUGCGUCUAA